AAUGCGAGGCAACUAUCUACCAACUCAUGAACCUUCUUAUAGAUUGGAGGGUAAAGCGGAACAGGAGGCGGAAGGUGAGCCAGAAAGUGAAGGUGAACCAGAAGGAACUACUCUUCCAAAUAGUUUUGUUGAACCCGAACCCGAAUGGAAGGAAGCUUUAAGGAUUUGGGGAGUAGCUUAUGAUAUUCAAGUUUACAUUAGUGGUGCUUUAUUCCUUAUAUUGGCUAUUUACUCUUUAACGGCAAUUGUCCGUUUAUAUAAAAAGAAGAAUCUACUAUCUUUGCGCUAUUUUGCAUCAUUAAAUUCAAUACUACUGUUAAUGGGGCUUUCCAGAUCCGUAUAUUUUCUAAUUGAUGGUUAUAAUGCAAGAGGAACUUUUCCGACAGCUGUCGCCUACUUUCUUUAUACUACUGCAUUUCCUUGUAUAACAUCUGCAUUUAGUAUUCUAUUUUUAGCUUUGUUACAGGCAACAAAAAUGGAAUUUGUAUCUCCGAAAAUUCAAAAGUUACGUUAUUUAGUAGCUAUUAUUGUCUUUCAUUUCUUAUUGUCGUUUAUAACGGAUAUUGUUGUUGGCCUAUACUAUAAUUCUAAAAUUCUUCUAUUCGUUUGUCAACUUGCAUCGGUUGUCUGGGGUCUAUUACUAUUUGUCGGCUACAUUUAUAUAUUUCACAGAUUGUAUAAGGCAGCUAGAAACAGGCAAGCUGACGUUUAUAAACUAACAUCGAGCGCCAAUAAUUUGGCCAACGUCUCGCCGGUUAGACGACCUAAAUUGACGCUUAAUCUAGCCGUUAAAGUGACUCUAGCGACAGCCUUGUUAGGUCUUGUAUUUGCCGCUCUGCAGAUUUAUAGUAUGGUUGGAGUUUAUAGUAUAUUUUCUGAUGAGUCUACUGUGAAAGCGUGGCCUUGGUGGGGUUAUAAGUUGGGUUUAAGGAUUACAGAGAUCUCGAUGAGUUUGGCUAUGUCAUUAGUUGCAACUCAACCAUUCAGAUAUAAUGCACACACGAGGAAGACAACGUGGUGUCCAUUCGUUAGAUUGUUUUGUUCUUGCGGAUCGGAUAGAGAGGAGCCUGUCAUGGAAAUUGUUCGAAUGAGCAAGCAUCGAUCUCGGCCAGCAUCUAUGUUGAUUGAGGAGAGAGGAUUUGUAAGGAUAAAAAGGGAGAACGAAUUUUCAACAGAUGAAGAUUCCCUUCAUAGUCCGCAAGAGAGAGAAGAGAGAAAACCAUCGGGAUUUAGUUUCGAUCCUCCUCCAUCAAUUCAUUUAAGAGAUAGUAUUGAUAACGCUUUAAACGAUAUCUCUUUAAGAUCCCCGGGUUGUUCAUCAAACUCCUCAAGGCCACUUUUGGAGGGAAAUGGUCUGGCUACUUUAGAGCCUAACGAACUAAUGAUUAAAUGGAAAAACAGAUUAGAUUAUAGUGAUGUUUAG